CCCCAGCAGAAAGCAAGCAGCAUAUCUGGCUGGCCCGUCGUCGGUGGUUUAACGCAUACACAUCAGCAGCAUACAUUUUCAUUGAUGGCGUCUUUUUCGAUUUGACGCUUGGGAUUUGAGUGAAGUGAAAGAAAAUCUGCCGAUUUACGUCGUUUUAAACGAGGAAGACAUCUGUAACCGUAAUCAAACUGUGCGCGAAGUUAAGCUGAGUUCGAGUACCAUCGAGUUUAGUGGUUGGAGUAAUGGAAAGUCGUCGAGCAACACGGGGUGCUCCCACCGGAACGGGGACAACGGCUACCGCAGUUCCAGGACCGGCUGAGUUGGCCAAACGGGGUCGCAAAUCGGUGGCAGUCCGUAACCGGUCUCCUUCGCCCCCAGCCAGGAAACCGUCACCCGCGAGAAAGACAUCACCCGCAAGAAAGGCAUCACCCGGACGACCCAGGAAACAAUCUCCUGCUAGGAGAGCCUCGCCGGCCAGGAAGGCAUCACCGGCUAGAAAAGCAUCACCCGCCCGGAAAGCAAGUCCUGCUAGAAAGGCAUCACCCUCGAGAAAAUCUCCAGGACGGAAACCCGCCCCAAAACCAACGAAGGUAUCACCGGAUGAACCCAGACGUACAACAAGGAGCAAAACUUCGGAACAGCGAGACAAAAGUCCUCCUUCCAAACGGGUUUUGCGAGAUAAAAAUCUCUCAAUAAUCCUAGACGAAGCCGAGGAGCUUUCGAAAAAAGGUUCCCCCGCUAAGAGCAUAACUCCAAACACCAGCCAACGGUCGAUUGUGACCUCUACCGAGCGCAGUCGUAUCACCGGUUCCCGUUCCGUUAGUGUGGCCAACGACUCCCAGGAAUUCUCCGAUCACGAAGAAAUUGAAUUCCAGAGUUUCCGCAAGGACGACAAUGGGCUACUUGGAGAAAAAUCUUACGCCCGGCGAAGUGCGACCAAACAACUGCAAGAGCUCAAAGAAUUCGGGGGAACCUGGGGAGCAGUUGCAGCCCUGCUCCUGGUACCGGCCUUCAUAUUCUUUACCAACCAUUUCUGCUCCGGAGCCACCCAUCGGGAUUGCUCCUUCAAAAUACCCGCUAAUUUGGAUGAAUUCAAAAGCCUUUCGACAUACUUCAACCGGGAAAUCGGAGUCAUCUUUCUGCUGUUUACAUGGGGUAUAGCAGCCGUGACCGCACUCCCCAUCGGCAAAGCCGUGAAAAUCGUCGAUGAAAUUCGGGGCCAGCAAAGUUUCACCUUCACCGGUCUAACUUGUGCCGUUUUCACCGGACUCGUAAUCUUCGUAGCCGAAUAUUGCUACAAGUACCCUCUGAUCUCAACAAUCAGCAAAGGCUACAACCAACUGUUGGUCAUAAGUCUUGUCUAUGCGCUAAUAACCGCCACCCUUGCCUUCAUCAAAUCUCGCUAUGUUCCACAAGCCAACCACAAUCCUUACGCCAAGUCCAACAAAUUCCUACCGGACUUCUUCAUCGGUAGAGAAAUCAAUCCCCUCACCUUCAACCAUCUGAACCUUAAACUGGUCCACUAUCACAUCUCGAUUAUCUUGGCCCUGGUAUUCAACUCCAUCAUCCUGUACCGUAAUCUCCACUUCCCGGCCCUACCUGAUGCUGAAGAACCGCUAACACUUCUCGAAAAAGUCACCUUCACCCUCAAGAACCUCGAAUUCGUUCCGGCCUCGGUGGUCGCCGCUUCGCUCACCAUCCUGUACCUACUGGAUCUCCUAGCCUACGAACACCACCUAACCUUUUCGUUCGAUCUGCAAAACGAAGGCUUCGGUUCCGGUUUGUUGCUGCGCUAUGCCAUCUUCCCCUUCACCCUGACGCUGCUCCCGAAAUACAUCUCGGCCCACAAGCUAACGGAAGUUCCGGUGUGGGCCCUGGCCACCGUUGCCCUUCUAGCCCUGGUCGGACUCUUCGUCAAACGAUCUAGCCAACGGUUGAAGCAUCUGUACCGGUUGAACCCACUGGGCGAGAAAUUUAUCGAUUUGGAAACGCUGCCCACCUUCCAGGGUCGUCGGCUACUGGUGGCUAAGCUUUGGGGGCGAAUCCGUCAGCCCAACUACGUCGGUGAUAUCCUGCAAAAUGUGGCUCUGUUGCCCCUGCUCUACUGGCGCUUUGCCUGGCCUCCGCUAUUGGCCGUGCUCUUCACCGUGAUCCUGCUGGUGCACCGGGCUCAUCGGGUUAACGAACGGAACGCCAAGAAGUACAACUCGGCCUGGCAACGCUACUGCACCACUGUCCGGUACAUGCUGAUCCCAAAGGUGUAUUAAAGCAGGUUGAAAGGCUAAAACAGACCGGAGAGAAUCGAAUACAAAGCAUUAUUUGUAUAAAGAACAAUUUUCUCGUUGCUCCAGAAAAGACGCGAUUAUGAUAUGCUUUUGAGAGCACUAUUCUAAACGCUAAUGAAUGAUGGUUUAAAGCAACUAAAAAAAAACAAUUAAA